AAUCCCCCCCCCCCCCCCCCAAGGGAGGUUUUAUUUUAAGAGCGCACGGGUCUGCGGAGAUGGGAUUACCUUGGAAAUUCGCCUAGCUUCACAAGGAGUGGGAGCUUCGGGAGGCAGAGAGUGUGUGUGUGUCAGUGUGCAGAUCAGCCUCCGGGCGAGGGGGUGGGGGAGAGGGAGGGAGAGAGAGAGAGAGAGAGAGAGAGAUAGGGACUCCACUCGCCAUGGACUUCACUGUGCGCUUCUUCGCUCUUUUGCUCGCCCUCGGCGCUGCCGCCGCUUCCUUCUACGACGAGGGUGCCGUGGCUGACGGAUACUGCAGCCGGAUCGUCCGCUCCCCCGGCAGCCGAAGGGACGGCAACACCGGCUUCAUCCUCCGCAUCGAGGGCAGCCCCGAGUUCUACAGCCCCGGCAGCACCUACCGCGUAACCCUCUCGGCCACCGUGCCCUCCUAUUUCCGUGGAUUCACCCUCAUUGCUCUCCGGGAUGGCGAGGAUGGUCACAGGGAGGAGGAUUACGCUGGGAAUUUUCAGAUCAUUGAUCACGAGGACACGCAGUUUAUGACCAACUGCCCGUACGCUGUCACCGAGAGCACACCCCGGAGAAGGACGCGGAUUCAGGUCUUUUGGACGGCACCGGCUGCUGGCACGGGCUGCGUUGUGUUGAAAGCAAGCAUUGUGCAGAAGCGGAUAAUCUGGUUCCAGGAUGAUGGGGCACUUACCAAGAGACUGUGUGAGAAAGUGUCGAGUGAAGAGUCUGCCACAGAAAGACCCAUCCAGGACUGUUGUGCCUGUGGAACAGCAAAGUACCGAUUAACGUUUUAUGGAAAUUGGUCAGAGAAAACUCAUCCGAGGGAUUAUCCAAAAUUUGCAACUCACUGGUCUGCCAUCAUCGGAGCGUCUCACUCCAAGUCUUACAUGCUGUGGGAGUACGGGGGAUUUGCCAGUGAUGGGGUAAGGCAGGUCGCUGAGUGGGGCUCCCCCGUGAAGAUGGAAGAAGAAAUCCGACAGCAAGGCGAUAGUGUGUUGACUGUCAUCAAGGCGAAAGCACAAUGGCCUGCUUGGCAACCCCUGAAUGUUCGGGCAGCUCCAUCGGCAGAGUUCUCUGUUGAUCGCACACGGCACCUCAUGUCCUUCCUGACGAUGCUGGGACCCAGUCCAGACUGGAAUGUGGGGCUCUCGGCUGAGGACCUCUGCACCAAAGAUUGCGGCUGGGUGCAGAAGGUCAUUCAAGACCUCAUUCCCUGGGAUGCUGGGACUGACAGUGGAGUGACCUAUCUGUCUCCAAACCAGAUCACAGACCCUCAAGAAAGGAUUAGACCGCUAACCAGCUUGGAUCAUCCUAAGAGCCCCUUCUAUGAUCCUGAGGGUGGUCCCAUUGUACCUGUGGCCAGAGUUGUCAUUGAGAGAAUUGCAAGAAAGGGGGAGCAGUGUAACAUUCAGCCUGAUAAUGUGGACGAUAUUGUGGCAGAUCUUAACCAGGAGGAAAAGGAUGAAGAUGACACUCCUGAAACGUGUAUCUACUCCAAUUGGUCGCAGUGGUCAGCCUGCAGCUCCUCUACCUGUGAGAAGGGGAAACGGAUGAGGCAGAGGAUGCUCAAAGCCCAACUGGACCUCAGCGUGCCCUGCCCACAUACUCAAGAUUUCGAGCCGUGUAUGGGACCAGGUUGUCGUGACGAUGAUGCCUCGACGUGCAUGAUGUCGGAGUGGAUCAGCUGGUCUCCCUGCAGCCUCUCCUGCGGAAUGGGCUUGAGGUCUCGGGAGAGGUACAUCAAACAGUACCCCGAGGACGGUUCCCCCUGCACCCUGCCCACGGAGGAGACCGAGAAGUGCACCGUCAAUGAGGAAUGCUCAUCGAACACCUGCUUUGUGACAGAGUGGGGAGAGUGGGAAGAGUGCAGUGCAAGCUGUGGCAUGGGCACCAAGAGCCGGCAGAGAAUGAUCAAGAUGCACCCGUCCGAUGGAUCCAUGUGCAAGGUGGACACGGUUCAAAUGGAGAAGUGUGGGAUGCCAGACUGCCAGACCAUCCCAUGCAUGCUGACCCUCUGGUCGGACUGGAGCGACUGCAGUGUGACCUGUGGCAUCGGCAUGCGGAUGCGGCGGAGGAUGCUGAAGUCACCAGCCGAGGUGGGCGAGUGCAACGAGGAGCUGGAGCAGCUGGAGAAGUGCAUGCUGCCAGAGUGCCCGACUGAUUGCAUGGUCUCCGAUUGGUCGGAAUGGUCUGAGUGCAACAAAUCUUGCGGCAAGGGCCACAUGAUCAGGACGAGGAUGGUGAAGCUGGAGCCGCAGUUCGGCGGAGCCCCUUGUCCGGAGACUGUCCAACGCAAGAAGUGCAAAGUUCGGAGGUGUACGAGGAGGCAAGGGGACGAGAAGAGGCGUCGCAAGGAAGCUCCAGAAAGGCAGGGGAACAAAGAGACGAGAGGGGAGCCAAAAAUUCCUGAACAUACAGGGUGCAAGAUGAAACCAUGGACUGCAUGGACUGACUGCAGCAAGUACUGUGGUGGGGGCAUUCAGGAGCGUUUCAUGGCAGUGAAGAGAAAAUAUCGCACCUCCCAGCUCACCGGCUGCAAGGAUAUGAGAGAGAUUCGAGCAUGCAAUGUCCAUCCAUGUUAGGAAGUGUGGCAGGCUAUCCUUGCUCAUAGAUAGACUCACGGCUUUUUGUUCUAAAGUGACGGAAUAAUAUUUUAAUUUCAUUCCGACACGAAACCUUUCCGUAUCUGUAACAUUUAUAAGUGUUCCAAUAUCACUGUACACACAUACAUACAUAUGCGCGUGCACACACACACACCCUGUACCCACACUCACAAGCUGAUUAGAAAGAAGUCUGAAUUGUUUAACCUGUGGUUACAUUUUAUUUUAAUUUUUAUACACUGGUGUGUGAUGUUAUUUUUCUCCAAGAGUGUUAAAACCUUUGCAUCAUAGCUGUUGGUUGUGAGAUUUUUUUAAAAUAAAAAUAAAUUCAUUUAUUAUACAAGACUUAGAUGCCUUAUCAAAGUAACAUUUACUGUUUGUUCUUUCACGGUAAGAAAAAGAAUAAAGUUAAAGAAACUUAAUAGACUUAAUAAUUAAAAUAGUUUUAAUUUGCCUAUUGUUUGUUACAUUCUGUGGUAUCUUUCCCAAGUGAUUCGAUCAAAAACUUGGCGGAAAUUUUCCAAAAUUCCUUUCUGAUGUUUUUAGUUGUGUUUUUGAAGACUCAUUGUUCAACUGAGUGAGAGAGAGAGAGAGAGCAAGAGAGAGAGAGAGAGAGAGAGAGAGAGCAAGAAAGAGAGAGAGAGAGUGUGUGCAGGCAUGAGUGAGUUUCAAUAGUAUAACACACACUUUACCUAUUUUACCAUUUCUUAAAAAAAGAAAAAAAAAGAAAAAUAGAUAAUUUUGUUUAUAUAUUAACUUGUCUGGUUACCACGUUUGACAAUAAAACAAAAUGGCAAUAAUA